GUGUGCGCGCGAGGCGGCGGGAUGAGCGGGGCGCUGGGCCGCUGGCGGGCGCGGGGCUCCCUGCGCCUGCCCGGCCCCCGGAGGUGGCUGUCGCGGCGGCGGGAGCCGGAGGAGGAGGGCGCGGAGGACGAGGGGCCCAUCCCCUUCUCGGCCAGCAAGGCCAGCCCGCGGGUGUGGAGCGUCGGGCGGUCCAUGGGCAGCGACCAUGAGCGGUCGUGGUUGAAGGUGCUGCCCGUCAGCGUGCUGUGCGGCGGGCUGCUGCUCUGGGCCGUCUUCCGGGAGAAAACGGAGAUCGACGAGCGGCUGGAGGCGAUUUUCUCCGGGCAGGAGGUGGAUUCGCUCGAUGCGGCCCCAAAAAGCGCGGCUUCCUUGGGGCCGCAGCAGGAGAAGUGACGGGAGCGCGGCUGCAGCGAGGGAGCUGCCGGCAGCCAGCCGGUGUUCGCCCGGUACUGACACUUUAACGGGAAAACUUGUUUAUUUUUCCAGCCCACCGGCAGCCUUACCUCACAGCCUUGAUUCCCUCAGCCCCUGCCGCUGGGCCGGGGGUCGUAAUUCACACUGGUAGCGCAAGGAGCGGUUUCUCUCCGCGCCGCGGGGUAGGGACGAACAGGAACGUGUUGUGAACCGAGUGGCAUCUGCAGAUGGGUUUUGUGCAGCCCUGGAUUGUUUUUCUCAGAUGCACAAGGGUGUUAAGGUAGCCAAGCUCUAAGUCUGUAAAAUUGCCACUGAAGGUGACCUUCAUUUGACAUUUUGCUAGUCACAGAGUAUGUUCGACUUGCGUUGAAGACAACUGUAAGUGUAUGAUUCAUUAAUAUGUGAUUAUUUGCGCUCUGAUUAUUUUUGUAAUUCCACUAAAUAACAGAAAUUACUAUCUUCAAGCCCUUAA